UCUACACGAGAGAGAGAUCGUUCGACGCAUAUAGAGAGAGAGAGAGGCAAGAUGCAGAUCUUCGUGAAGACGCUGACGGGGAAGUCGAUCACGCUGGAGGUGGAGAGCAGCGACACCAUCGACAACGUCAAGGCCAAGAUCCAGGACAAGGAAGGUAUCCCUCCGGACCAGCAGCGCCUCAUCUUCGCGGGGAAGCAGCUGGAGGAUGGCCGCACCCUGGCCGACUACAACAUCCAGAAGGAGUCGACGCUGCACCUGGUGCUCCGCCUCCGCGGCGGCAGCAGGGGCGGCUACACCAUCCAGGAGCCCAGCCUCCUGCUCCUGGCGCUCAAGUACAACGAGAAGAAGAUGGUCUGCCGCAAGUGCUACGCACGCCUUCCCGCCAGGUCUACCAACUGCCGCAAGAAGAAGUGUGGCCACACCAACCAGAUAAGGCCAAAGAAGAGGUUUAUAUCCAAGACUAUCCUCGACGGCAAGACGGUGCGGAGCUUCGUGGAGGACGAGGGCGCCUUCAACUCCUCGGUCGACGGCCGCUUCGCCGCGCUCGACGCCAACCGCGACGGCGUGCUCUCCUACGCCGAGAUGGCCGGGGAGCUGAUGAGCCUCCGCGUGCUGGAGAAGCACUUCGGCGCCGACGAAGACGAGGCCGCCAUGGGCGCCGACGAGCUCGCGGCGCUGUACCGCGGGCUGUUCGCGCGGUUCGACCGCGACGGCAGCGGCGGCGUCGACCUGGAGGAGUUCCGGGCGGAGAUGAAGGAGGUGUUGCUCGCCGUCGCCAACGGGCUAGGGUUCUUGCCGGUGCAGAUGGUCGUCGAGGAAGGCAGCUUUCUCAAGGUGGCCGUCGACAGGGAGUUUCGUAGCGGCUGCGUUUCCUAUUUUCCUUUUCUUUUUCUAUUUAUUUUUAUGGGAUAUUUCGCUUUCGUGGCGGCUGCGUUUCCUCGCCCAUAUAUAAGAGCGGGUGACCACGACUGCGGCGCGGCGCACCACUCCACCACCACCACCACCACUCCACCGAUCGGCGAGAGCGCGGGGAGAUCGUUCGACGGCGGCAAGAUGCAGAUCUUCGUGAAGACGCUGACGGGGAAGACGAUCACGCUGGAGGUGGAGAGCAGCGACACCAUCGACAACGUCAAGGCCAAGAUCCAGGACAAGGAAGGUAUCCCGCCGGACCAGCAGCGCCUCAUCUUCGCCGGGAAGCAGCUGGAUGACGGCCGCACCCUGGCCGACUACAACAUCCAGAAGGAGUCGACGCUGCACCUGGUGCUCCGCCUCCGCGGCGGCAGCAGGGGCGGCUACACCAUCCAGGAGCCCACCCUCCGGGCUCUUGCGCUCAAGUACAGAGAGAAGAAGAAGGUGCUAUGCACGCCUUCCCAUCAGGUCUCACCACUGCCGCAAGAAGAAGUGUGGCCACAGCAAGGAGCUGAGGUUGAAGAAGAAGUUCAUCAACUCGCUUUCGAUAGCGUGAGGCACUGGAAAGUGUUCACCAGCUGAAUCAAUCUCUUGGAUCUCCGUGUGCGCAGCUACCAUGUUAUGUCCAGUUUAGAAGUACUCCGUAGUUGUUAAUCUCUUGGAACUUCGUAUGCCCAGCUACCAUGUUAUGUCCGUAGUCUAGAAGUAGUUGUGGUACUUAGUACGCUUGAGAGCUCUGGGUUGUUGCUUAAAGAAGUUGUAACCCUGCGAAGCUGCGACUGGGAUGUUGAACCCUCUAUCAUCACUCUGAAUGAAGAAGUUAUCGUUACUAGUAGUAAAUUUUUAAUCUCCUCCCUUUUA